UCUUUUGCUCCAAUUGAAAUCAUCAACAGCUCUAUGAUGCCAGCGCUGAGAGCUUGUUUCAGAUCGUCUCACACCAAUUCACUCUUCCACACCACCUCCGCCCAAAUUGACCCCUCACUCUCUCUCCUCAAACUGCUUGACCUCUCAAUCGACUCCCAAUUGCACAAUCUCACCUCUCAAUCCCACGCCAGAGCUCACCGAUUGGGCCUUACGCAGCACUCCCUCAUUGCCCAGAAGCUCAUCUUCUGCUACUGCCAAUUCCGCCGCCCGUUUGAGGGGCAAUCCGUUUUUGACUCGCUCUCUUUCAAGAACACGCAUCUCUGCAACACUCUGCUAAGCGGGUAUGGGAAAAGCCGGAUGUUUGAGGAAAGUUUGCAUCUUUUCAGGGAAAUGUGCCGGGGCUCUGAUUUUGGCGCGGUGGAUGACUUCACUUUCUCUGUUGUUUUCAAAAUUGCUGGGGAAUUUGGGGAUGUUUUGGUGGGGGGAAUGGUGCAUUCGAGGAGCUUGAAGAGUGCCUUGGUUUUUGAUACUGUGGUGGGGAAUUCGCUGAUGUCUAUGUAUGAGAAAUUUGGGAGUUUUGGUGAUGCGUUUAAAGUGUUCGACGAAAUGCCUCUGAGGAAUGUGUCUUCGUGGAAUGCGUUGAUUUCGGGUUAUUCGAAGAGCGGUUGGAGUAGCUCUGUAUGUGGAUUAGGAAUUUGGGAUGUUGUGAGGGAAAUGCAGAGCCAAGGGUUUAGAUUUGAUGCGUUUACAGUCUCCACGCUUCUUUCGUUGUGUGGUGAAGAAGGUGGUCAUGGGAGGGAGCUGCAUUGCUACGUUGUUCGGAAUGGGUUGGAUUCGAGUUCUGUUCAUGUUGGGUGUGGUUUGAUUGAUAUGUACUCAAAGAAUGGUGGGGUUGAUUUGGGAAGAAGAGUUUUCGAUAGAUUGGAGUGGAGGAACGUCUAUGCUUGGACUGCAAUGAUUAACGGCUAUGCAAGUUGUGGGAAAUUCGAUGAUGCUUUGCUUCUUUUCCGCGGAAUGCAGUGCGGAGAGGGCGACAAUGGGCCAAACAAGGUGUCGCUUGUUGCUAUAUUGCCCGCUUGUAGCUCAAUUGCUGGUUUGAUUGGAGGGAAGCAAAUCCAUGGCUUUGCAGUUAGGAGGGGUGUGAAUCACGACCUCUCUCUCUGCAACGCCUUGAUCGACAUGUAUUCCAAAUGUGGGAGUUUGAGUUAUGCAAGUAAAGUAUUCGAACACGAAUGCACUCAAAAGGAUGCAAUUUCUUGGUGCUCAAUGAUUUGUGGAUACGGCUUACACGGCCAAGGUGAAAACUCAGUCACUUUGUUUGAUAGGAUUCUUCAAAAUGGAUUAAUAAAACCUGACACAUCACUGGUUGUUGGAGUUCUUUCUGCUUGCUCAAAGUCGGGUUUGAUACGUGAUGGGCUAAGAAUAUAUGAUUAUGUUGUGGCCAAAUGCAAGAUCAUACCUUCAGUUGAAAUCUGUGCUUGUAUGGUUGAUAUGCUUGGUAAAUCGGGGCAGCUUGAUGAAGCGCUAAAUUUCAUCAAGAACAUGAAUGUUGAGCCGAGCCCUAGCAUUUGGGGCACUCUUUUGAGUGCUUCUGCACUCCAUGGAAACUCUGAGAUGCAGGAAUUGGCAUACAAGUCUCUCAUCAUGAUGGAGCCGGACAAUUCCUCGAAUUAUAUCUCACUUUCCAAUUUAUACGCUUCUUCAAAGAGGUGGGACGUUGUGGCAGAAGUUAGGCAAGUUAUGAGGAAAAGAGGGUUGAGAAAAGUUCCCGGAUGUAGCUGGAUCAGCAUGAAUGGAGCAGCUCAUAGCUUUGUCGUUGCUGAUAAGUCGCAUCCAUGCUCGACCUCACUUUAUGCGAUGUUAGAUGAACUAGUUUUGUCUAUGAAACUAAGUUGUUAUAAUCUUGAUUUUCUGCAUUUGACGGAGGUAUAAUAGCCUGGAUGAUGCUCACUCUUAUGCCAACGCCUCAGAAAUCUUUCAGAUAGUGAAAAUAUUGGUGUACCCUUCCAUCCAACUAUGAGGCUGUUUCCAUCUAGGCCAAGUCUGCAAGAAUCACAGCAGUCGAACAUGUUGAGAACGGAAUUCGCGUGAUUGAGCGCUAGUUUGCUCAGCUCCGUCUCCGCCAUGCCAAACCUAACAAAAACCCCCCUCCAGAAAUUGAUGCCUACAAUUCUGAACUUCCUCUCCUCUUCCUCGGCCGCAACAAUGUGUCUUAUUGAAGGGCUAAAGAGCACGGAUUCGGCGUAGUUUCUCGCUGCAAGAUCAUCCUUAAGACAGUGCUCCAAGUAGUCAAAACCGGCCCCAAAGAAAAGGAGAGCCUCAACGAAGCGGUUGACAAAAACCUUAGAAUCAACAUUGGCUUCGACUUCAAUGAUGAUCAUCACGUGUGGGUUGAGGCUUCGUACGGCUAACAUCAAGAUUUCAAGCUUCGGAAUCAUGAACCUCAAGAUGUGCGCUGCUUGGACGACGACUGUGUCUUCAGGAUCUGGGCGAAGAAUGCUCUGAUUAAGAUCCAGGAUGUCCUCGGAUGUUAUGACAUGGAAAGAAAAGCUCAUAUUCAGGGACUUGGCCAAGUUUUGGAGGCGAACUCCCACCACCUCCUCCUCGACCUGAACAUGAGACUGAGCUGCUACAGCAGUAAUCUUGAGAUGUUGGAUGGGACAUCCAGACCUUGUAGCUAAAGCUUGCAUUAAAACGGCAUGUCUGAGGCCGCCAUAGAGGCCAAGAUCGACAAUGUGCACCCUGGCACAUGAUGAUAUGUGAUCUAACAUUGUCUGAACACCGGCGAACUGCAUAACCUGGUUGAAAGGUAAUUUUUUCGAUCAAGUUAGCUGUGUCCGAGAUCGGAGGUAUUAAUUCUAAUGGCCUUGUAUUCACUGGUGAUAUCCUGUCACGUAGAGAUUCGGCGAAAUAGUAGACCAGACACUGCACCACAUUGGUCGAGCCGGAGCUCAGCUUGCUGAACUCUUUCAGAAACUCACUAGCACAAUCGUUGUUAUGAUUGGACACUGCCUGAGCACACGACAGGAGGUCCUGCACGAGCUGAAUAUCCUCAGACUUGCCUCUGGAGAAGGCAGCUCUAUUCGGAUGAAUGACAGCAGAGUGAUGGAAAUCCUUUCCUGUUUUGGAAUCGGAAUGGGUGAAACUUCUCAUUGCCAGCUCAAUCAGCUGAGUAACCGACAACGUUGGAGGGGGUGCCUGUUGGCUUUGGCCCUUCGCCUUGUCUCUCUUUAAUCCAUCUUCUUCUGCACCAGUUCUGCUUCUGCAGCGUCUCAGGAUCUCCACGGCUGCAGAGGGAAAUGCACAUGGCCUUUUCUUCUCAUGGCUUGGCUGCCAAUCUCGAGGCUCGUUGCUGGAACAAGCUUGGAAUGACGGAAACGCUUUUUCAAGAUACAGAUAACGAAGAGCAGCAAAAUGAGUCGGUAGCUCUUCGUAAAAAAACAGGUCAGACUCACAAAUGCUCUCGUCUCCUUGAAAUGAGUAAGUUUGCAUAUGAUUUUCUCUCUCAAAAGCCUUGCUAGAACUAGACAUUUUUGUUACUUGAAGAAAGUCCGAAUUUAUUUGAGAUAUUUGAACUGUUUUGGGGAUUGCACAGUGUUUGCUUUUUAUAAGACGACAGUAUGUUCCAAUUA